AUGUCGAGCAUCCUUGACAGUGUACCAUCUCCCCCAGCCAAUCCUCACGUGGGCAAUUGGAGCAUCGGCGAACGGAAUCGAGACCUCGAAGACGGACAGCUUGUCCUCUUCUCAACGUUUAGCUCAAUCAUUUUCUCGGUUAAAAACACGGCUCGAGACCUUUUUUGUGUUGCGCUGAUCAUGGCGGCACUUUGGAUAACCUAUGCUGCAUCACAGUACAUACUUAUGGGCGAUGAGCCCGACAGCUGGCCGUUUCAAUUCUUCAGUAACGAGUUCGAAGAGGUAAUCAAGACUGAGCAUUGGCGGUGUGUCUGGUACAAGAAAAUGGUGGAAUACGAAUACAAGCCCGUUUUCCCGCCUCCUUUUACUUUUCUUUUGAUCAUCGGAUACAUUCCAAUGGCGGUGAUGUUGCUUUGUCCUUCGGUGGGCUGCGUCGAAGCCUGGGAUGGUUUCAAGAGGUGGAUGGCGCUGUGCUGUGUGUCACCCUCUACCAAAUCAGAAGACCCAUCGAACCCGUCAAAAGAAAGAGGAAUAAAAACCCGCGCUUAUUUUUGUAUUGAACCCGAGGAAGAAAUUCCGCUCACCCCGGUAAAUAACGAUGCUCCGGCCCCGCCGAGUCUCGCAAAGACGAAAAGUCAGAUUCUGCGCGAGUUCGAAAUGUUUGCUUGGAAGGAGGUGAAAGGAAGAAUAACGGCAACCUCGCUGCUAAUCGGCCGCGACUCCGAUCGGGACCUAACGCUGGCGUACGUCAAACGAAGCCAAGAAAUGCGGCACUGCUUCCUGUUUUUGAACAAGAUCGCGGCAAACUACGACGAGGAAUUUAGAUCCAAUGCGAAAGAUAUACCGGAGGGCCAAGAGUACCACGCCUGGGUGAUCUCGCCGCAGAAGAUUGACGGACACUGGGAAAACGACCCCGAUGGUCAAGAGGUUCAAGAGUUUGAAAAAGCUGAUAUCAACGAGAGGGAUGGGUUCUGGCAGCUUCCGUAUAAAAAGAUUCGCUUCCGCCGCGCGCAGCCCCCAGCUGAACACAAGAUUACCAAUGUGGGUGAGCACAAGACCAAGUCAUCGCCGCCCCAAGGUUUA